CGAGUUUUUUGCUAAAGGAACUGAACAGCAUAUGUAAAACUGCUCAAUAAAUCGGCGCAAUGGGUUUAAUUACGUUGGAGUUUUCUAUCGAGUCCACAAAGGUAACAAUCGCUUAUGAAAUAACUCUGGGCAGCGCUCUUUUACGCGUAUGGAUUUUUUUAACCUGGUUCCACCGGGGACAAAUUUUGACAGUUGUCUGCUUACACGUACGAGUUUUUUCUAUCCUGGUUCUACUUUGGUUCCAUUGUAUUUCCAGAAACGUAUAAAUAGUAUCUGACAGCUUUCUUUACCUUUUUUCCUGUUGUAACAACCCAUUUGUUUAUCUCUCCUCCAUUUCAUUUCUAUUUUUCUCUGUCAGACACAAUUACUGUUAUCCACCUUAU